ACUGUGCGGCCCAUUACCAUUGCGAGGAUUGAUAGCAUGCAUCUGCGUUACAACUUCAGUACAUCUCAGGUGUCAGUUGCGGAAGGACGUGAUUUUCGUUUUUGCCCGCCGUUUGCCAUUGCCGCCGCCGCGAGUUAGUUAAUUGUGACGACAACACAACGUUUGCUCUACUUUCGUGCCGACCCCACCCCCUGUGCUAAGUGUGUGAUACCAGCCCGCCCGCUCCACUUUCCUCAGCCUUCGUACCCCACUUUCCCCCUCUGCACUGGGGAGCUCCCACGCUGACACUGGACUACCGGGGGAGCCAUCGCAUCUCAUCUUCGGGAGUGUGAGUGUGCUUAGUGUGAAGCUCUCCGUUUAGUGAACAUUUUAAAUGACUACCUUGGGCAACUGCCCACCGAACUGCAGUUCAGUGAGUAACAUUAGAUUUAGUUGCAGUUCAUAUGCGAGCUAGUGGAGUGAUAUCCGGUGACGUACAGUGGAUAGUGGUGAUAGACCAGUCUGUGGGAUGAUGUAGAAAAGUGUGUGAUACCGAGCGUGUUGUACAAUCCAUCGAGCUUAUUAGUGUACCUCAGUGUAUUGUUUACGAUUAGCGCACCCACUCCUCCGUUUGAUACACAUCGCAAGGGAUUGUGAUUUCAACAGAAAAGUUGCGAAACUCCUGUGCUCAGACAUCGCACAGAGUAACUGUGAUAGAGCUUUUUAGUGCAUAAAUGUUGACACAUGCUAAUGACACUGUUAGCCGUUGUUUGUUAUUGAUUUGUGUGGUGCAAUCAGCUGUGACCGUGCAAUGGAUAAUCCCAGCUAUGGAUCUUCGCACAUGUCUUCGCCAGCACUAGUCGUGUUCUCCCAAGCAGCGAAUGGAUUAAGUGACGCACUUCGAAUUCAAAGACCAUUCAAUUCUCAUCUACCGGACGCCAAAGACCUGCACCAUCUUUCGCUAAUGAGUGGCUACGGAGCCCAUCUGCUGCACGGCUUCCAGCCCCAUUUCCUGCACCCGCUCAACCCGGCCGUAUCGACGGCCAACGGAACGAGUCCCUUCGGUGGCGGGGGAGCGUUCGUUAAACCGUUCCCUUCGAACCUGCCGCUACCGUCCGCCUUCGCACCGCCCAAAUGUCUCGGAUUUGGCAUCGACCAAAAUAUCUUUUCAAAGGGGCUGCUGUUCGGUAGUAGUACCGGUUCGGAAUCGUUCCGGACGUCGGACUCGUCCAGCCCAGCAUGCGCAUCGCUAUCACCGCCAGCCAAAGAUGAAUCCAUGGAAGGACAAACCAGCGAGGAAGGCGAUCGGGAUCGAGAUCGGAUAUGCAGCCCGGAACGAAGUCCCGAAACACCUGGCUUCAGACAACUUCUAUCACUGUUCGGACCUAAGAACCAAUUUUUGUCUUAUCUAGAUGAACAAAACAAGACAAUCAGAAGAAUCGGUCCUCCCAAGAAGACCUUCGUGGGAACUCCCCCGCCAAACUCUUGCCCCAUCUGCGGUAUCCAGCUUGCACCAAGUGACCUAGAGACCCAUUUCUCCGCCGAGUUGACACGCCUCACCAAAAUGAGUUCAGCAGCAGAGCGGCUGGAACUACGACGAACGCUUAGCGUAGACAUGCACGCCAUGCAGAACACCCUCCAAGGUCGCACCAGCCGUUGGGAGACGUUUAAAAAUAUUCGCAACAAGCGACAGGAUCGCCUGCGGGGUAAGCUACGGAAGCGAAAAUUCGAUGGCGAAGAUGGAUUCGGGCUGCAGUUGGGUAACCUCAAUUGCCAAUCCUGUCCAGUGUGUCACGGGCGGCUGCAGCGGACGCAGGAGGAAAUUGCCCAACACAUUGAAGAUUGUGUGCGGAAGCAGCAUCAACAUCAACAACAACAUCAUCCGCAACAGCAGAGCAACAAUCAAUCUUCGGCUCCGGAUGAAGAUGAAACUGUUGAUGUUGAGAGUUACGGAGAUGAAUCCUCAAAUGGAGCCAUCAAUAUGACCUCCAAUGUGAUUCACCAUACCAACAACAGCUUGCACAACAAUAACAACAACAACCCCCCUAUCAAGCAAGACCCUCAGAUGACCAAGAUUCCCCCCAUGGAAGAAAGCGCUAUCACAUCACUUAGCUCAAUCGUGCCCCAUUGGGACAGAAAGAAUCGGCUCAAUCUACCCCUGAACUGUACGGCCACCUCCGACAACUCGAUCACCCGGGUGACUCCAACCAGUAGCGACCAGCGAAUCGACGUCGACUACGAACAAGAUCACGACCAUAGCCAGGACAUGGUUACCGACCACGACGAGGAGGUCAUAGUGGACAACACGGACGACGACGAGUGCAUCAAGCGGCCCCGACAAACGACGCUUACUGUGCUGGGUAGCCAUCCCAGCAAUGGAAACCCCGGAAUGGGUAUGGCACGUGACGACAAGAAUAGCACGGAAGAAGCCACCUCGUCGGUGGAAAUCGAUUCCGCUACGGACUCGAUGACGAUACGAACGGCCGGAACAACACCUAACUCCGAUUCGUACGUGAGCACUUCGGAGCCGACGGAACCUGCCUCCAAAGCACAGGUCCUCGAAGAACUCAAAGCUAGGAUACGAGAGCUGGAAGGUUCGCCGCACUACAAAUGUUUCAUAUGUAAGGAGAAGUGUAAAGCUCUGAUUAUUUCGAAGAUUUGUGGUCACUAUCUUUGCGAGGAGUGCUGGAUCACAGAUACGGAAUCCUCCAAGACGUGCCCACGCUGCAAAAUUAUCACCGCCAACACCGACUUUAGGAAAAUUUAUGCGUAAGCUAAGUCUUCUGUUUAUUUAUUUUAUUUUCCUUGUAUUUAUUUUUUGAUUAAAAAUUCAUCUUGGAAUUGUAGUAAAUAUUUGUAUAAUAAUAAAAUGAAAACUUUCCGCUUUCAACUAUGAGCUCUGUCAGAAUGAUGAAUUUGAUCAUCUUGAUUGAUGAAUAAUAUUCUAAUCAUAAACGAAAUCAUCUUUCGAGUAAAUUAUGAAUCCAAAAUGUGCAAUAAAUAUUUGAUUACAUCACAUAGAAAACUUAUCCACUCAUGCGGGCAACAUCGUUCGAAUCAUACUCGACCUUACAUGUAAAUUAAUAAAAUAUGUCCAGUGAUCGGAACCAUAAUCAGCCAGUGAAAUUCAUGAGAUAUCAGCCACUUUAUAAAAGUAAACACCCACAUUAGGGAAUGAGCCACGUGAACAAAGCUUAAUUGUUAUUUCUAUACAUACUAAUACUAAAUAAUCAUGGAGAGCUGAUAGCCGAAAUCAUCCGAAUCCAUGCUGUUGUGUAAAUAGCUCUAAUGAAAUUAAUAUUCUAAGAUAAAUUAUUGUAGCGAGCAGCCAUAGCGUAAUGAUACUCUCUCCCCUUUCCAAGAGAAAUAUUUUUCACAUAAUUAGCAACAGUCUAGCAAAUAUGUCAAGGAAAAAAUCUCUAUUCAAACCAAAAACAUAAGCGGAAGAGGCAACAAAAUUAAUUGUUUAUGUCGAAUUCAUGAAGCUAAAAUUCUCAAUUAAAAAUCAAUAAAAUAUCAAAAAAAAAAUAAAAAU